UAACGGUAGCAGAUGUUUCAAGCAUUCAAAUUUCAGCUAUUUCUGCUAGCGUUCCUGGCGUCAGCAAAAACGCGCACUUACGGCGAGUCGUCGACGUGCUUGACGGUGUACACAGAAGGUGGUGCUCCGGCGGUUUUUCAGUCCCCGAAAUGCCCCCGCUGGAAGCUCUCCAACUACGGUCCCGAUUCCCGGACCACCACCACCAUGGCUCGUUGCCAAUCCGCCAGGCUUCAGGGUCGCCGAAAGUCCCAGGAAGACCGCAUCCUCUGUGCUCUCGACAUUCGUAUCCCCUUUCCUGGUAAAGUAGGGGUUAAGGAGGUUACAGUUGGAAUGGUGGCAGUUUUUGAUGGUCAUAAUGGUGCUGAUGCUAGUGACAUGGCUUCGAAACUUUUAUUGGAGUAUUUCGUUUUGCAUACUUAUUUCCUUCUGGAUGCAACAUUUUCAAAGAAAUGGGGCGCAAGAUUUCUGGAUAAGAGAGAACAUGAUAUUUUUUUUCAAAUGCUUAAUUGGGAUGAAAGAACCACUAGGUUUAAGUAUUCAUGGCCAGUGAAUUUUGAUGAUUCUCUUCACUUAGCAAUUUUAAAAGAAGCAUUGAUGAGGGCAAUCCAUGAUAUUGAUGGGACUUUUUCUAAGGAAGCGUCUAGAAGGAAUCUUGAUUCUGGUUCUACAGCCACAGUUGUACUGAUAGCUGAUGGUCAAAUUUUAGUUGCCAACAUUGGAGAUUCAAAGGCUUUUCUGUGCUCUGAAAAAUUCCAGUCUCCUGCAGAGGCUAAAGCCACCUUAAUAAGGUUAUACAGGCAGAAAGGACGCAACGGUGCUAUUUCACGUGUAAGAGAUGAUGACAACUUCAAAGCGGCUUCCUCCAACGGAUUGGCACAUUUUUAUGUUAAGGAAUUGACCAGAGAUCAUCAUCCAGAUAGAGAUGAUGAAAGGAUUCGCGUUGAAACUGCUGGUGGCUAUGUUCUUGAGUUGGGUGGUGUGCCCCGAGUAAAUGGUCAGCUGGCGAUCUCCCGAGCAAUUGGUGAUGUGCCCUUUAAAAGUUAUGGUGUUAUAUCUGCACCGGAGGUGACAGAUUGGCAGCCUCUGGCCAUGAAUGAUAGCUAUCUGGUGGCUGCAUCUGAUGGUGUUUUUGAGAAGUUGAGCUUACAGGAUGUUUGUGAUUUGUUGUGGGAAGUACAGAGUCAUGGUACGCUGAGAUCAGAACUUUCCGCUUCAUGCUUGUACUCACUAGCUGAUUGCAUAGUAAACACUGCCUUUGAAAAGGGCAGUCUGGAUAAUGUGGCAGCUGUUGUGGUUCCUUUGGGAUCUACUGUUUUUUCUGAACAUUUGCUGAAGGAAAGGUGUAUUGGAGAGGGAGAUAUAGAUUUCACUGCAACUGGACUUCAGAAGUUCAGUUAUGGAUGCUCAGCUGAUGACAUCACUUCUGACCUAGUGGAUUUGGACCAUGGUCAUCCGGUUAUGGCCAAGUUUGAGAGGUUAUUGGUCGAGAAAAAACAUGACAAUUUUGGCUAUUUUCAUUUGUCCGAAAACCUUGAUGAGCACAUGGAUUACCCAUUGCAAGCUCGAAAGGAUGACCAGGGAGACUAUGUGCAUGACCUUCCUCAGGCUCUACCUGAGGUCCUUGAUCAACAGUGUGGUGGACCUCUAUAUCAGUAUAAUGAUCAGAACUUGUGCUUAUACCUUGGUAUGACCAUUGAUGGAGCUAAAGAUCAAUGCAUAAAUCCUGAAGGCUUUGCAAGUUUCAUUGGUCUGCUUGAAUCAAUUCCUCUCCAUGAUACUGGUUCAAAUUAUGGAUCAUUUGAAUAUGCAAUGCCGGACUCGAGGUACACACUAAAGAAGAGGUUUGGUCGUGGAUCUUAUGGUGAAGUAUGGUUGGCUUUUCAUUGGGAUUGUCAUCAAGGAAGCAAUAGUUCAAACCAUGUUGGGAAAAACAAUAACAUCUCAUAUAAUUCUUGUCGUUUCAACUCAAAUUGUAGUUCAUCUACUGAAAACUGUCAGGCUGGUCCUGCUGAUGAGAGCUUGUUCAUUUUGAAACGUAUAAUGGUGGAGAGAGGGCCUGCUGUUUAUUUAAGUGGUCUACGGGAGAAGUACUUUGGUGAGAUUUUUCAAAAUGCCUCUAAUCGCCUUGAAGGUUUGUUAUCAGCUAGAAUAUCAAAUUCUGUUGUGGAAGAAUCAGGCGUGGGUUUAUCUGACCUAUUAGAAACAACCAAAUCAAUAGUGGAUGAAAACCCUUGGAGUUUUGAAAAUGUAUUUCUGAACAAAUUUAGACAGAAAAGAGCGAUGAAUGAAGAAGGUCUGAACCAUAUUGCUAGAUAUGUAGAGUCUUUUGAAUCUCGAUCUAAUGAAAUAUGGCUUGUAUUUCGUCAUGAGGGUGUGUCCUUGUCCAAGCUUUUGUAUACUGUCGAAGAUGUAGAUGAUUAUGCCGUAGGCGAAAGGGUUGAACAAGUAAAACAUCUCCAAAUAUUGCGUCCUUCAAAAUGGUGGCACUGGUUGAAGACUACGGAAGCAGGACAAGAGGAAAUGCGCAGUAUUCUAUGGCAAUUGUUGUUGGGGAUCAAGUCCUGUCAUGACCGCAAUAUCACCCACAGGGAUAUCAAACCUGAGAACAUGGUUAUAUGCUUUGAAGAUCAGGAGACAGGGAGAUGCCUAAGAGGAAGUCCAAGUGGAGAUAAGAAUUUCACCACCAAAAUGCGCAUUAUCGACUUUGGUAGUGCAGUAGAUGAAUUCACAAUGAAGCAUUUAUAUGGUUCGACGGGACCUUCUAGAGCUGAACAAACUUAUGAGUAUGCUCCACCUGAAGCUUUGCUUAAUGCGAGUUUCUAUCAUGGGCCAUUAAGCACAACGUUGAAGUAUGAUAUGUGGAGCGUUGGUGUUGUGAUGUUGGAAUUGAUCCUAGGAUCACCGAAUGUUUUUCAGAUAAGUGCUUUAACACGUACUCUUUUAGACCAGCAUCUUAAGGGUUGGGACGAAGGCUUAAAAGAUCUUGCAUAUAAACUUAGAUCAUGGAUGGAAUUGUGUAUCUUAAUUUCCGGGAGUUCCUCAAAACACCAUCACUCAGAUGACGGAGUUGGAGUUUCACCAGCCUCCUGGAAAUGCUCUGAAGAAUUUUUUUCCCAUCAAAUUAAGAGUAGAGAUCCUCUUAAAUUAGGGUUUCCAAAUAUUUGGGCUUUGCGGUUAGUGCGCCAUCUGUUACUCUGGGACCCAGAGGAUCGAUUGAGUGUUGAUGAAGCAUUAAGGCAUCCUUAUUUCCAACCUCCUCCUAAAGCAUGAAUUUUUGGGGAGUUACUAGUUUUCUGGUUCUUUGUUUUCCCAACAAGGAGAAGAAAUCAUGUACAGACAGCUAAUUGUAUGAGGAUUACGUUGUGUUAAUUUUACCGAUAAAAACCUGAGCACUUGAAUUGUCUCUUACCAAAACACUAAAACAGUCGGAGGAUUCAAACCUUGGCCCAACAUAUAGGAGGGGCCAACAUACAAGAGAUCUGCUACUACCAAUAACACUAGUUUCUUAAAUUUUUUUAUUCCAACGGUCAGCUUCCUCUUCUCAUUGCAUGGGAAAGGAAUUGGGAAGCCUUGCUGAAACCUUUUGGAAAAUUAACUGAUCAAAACACUCAUUUGCUUGGUGUCUUCGGAAAAAUACUGCAAAUCCAGCCUCAAACAGAAGCGCUUGAUCGAAGAUGUACAUGAUUGUACCGGCGAAUACAUUUUAUGCAUGUAUAGGUUUUAUAGUUUGAUGAUAAUAUAUCCUGUAUGUAAAUUUUUUUUUAACCAUGUAUGUUACCUUGUCCAGAAAUGGCUCCAUCCAUGUCGUGUAUAUAUGAAAUUUGACCCCCUUUUUUGACAA